GUCGGAGACCCUCCAUGGCUUAGAAUGAUAAAAGCCACUGCUCAGUUCCUCCGUGGCGGUGCUAACGCGGCGAAACGCGAAACGCACCACGGCCUGUUGUUUGGCGAUCCGUCCCAUCGCGGUCAGCCCAUUGCCACCCCGUACACGAUGCUGGCGGAUUAAAGUGCUUGUUAUGAGUGAGCGACUAGGGCGAAUGCGAAUGUGUGCGUACGGAACUGCAUCUCCCCUGCCCUACCACUUUGCAUCCCCAAUCAUCCGAUGCAGUUGCCACUCGGUGGUGGUUACUCGUGGUGCAAACUGAUCGGGGACGGCUUGUGCUUGACAUUAACCUGAAUCAAGCCCUGCCAGGCAAUCGGACUCGGAACUUGAACUUGAGACAUCGGUACAUUCCGCACAUUCUGCUGUCCCUUCCGUCGUGCACAACUGCUGACCCGGGUGCAGUUCGGAAAUUUUGGGCUCUGCCAGUGGUUUCCUGCUGUUCCGCUGUUGUCCGCUCUAACGUGUUGGAAAAGCGCGUUGUCUCUAUCGUUUCCGUGCCAUCGAACACGUGGUGUUUAAUUAAUUGUUUGUGAUUGCAAAAUAAAACAAACCGUGGAAGCAUUCGAGUGACACAAAACAAAACACGUAAGAAGCAACACGGUCAAAGUGGCGCGAAAGUUUGAAACAGUUGAUGAUCGUUCAGUUGUCUCGCGCGGAAAAUGAAAAGUUUGCUAGUUUGGAAAAACAAAAUGAAUCAGUGAUGCAUAUAUAAGCGGGGGUCGUCCGUGCAUUUGUUUUUAUCGGUGAUAUCUUUCCAUCUGUGUUCCAUCUGGUUUGGGUUUGUUUGUCGGAAAUGAAAAUAAAAAGUUCCCUUCCGGCCUGAGUGGGGGUGAAUUUGAGUGGCGAAUGGAUAGCUGCCGGUGGAAAUAAAACAAAUCUUAUCAGUGAACGCUGCAGUGCAACGGGGGGAAAUUGUGCAAAAAGAAAUUUGUGUUGAAAUUGAUUGUGCAAAAUUAUAACACGGUUGUGGUUUUAUUACUCUACACAUUGCAGAAAUCGUAGUGCGUUGUCCGGUGGUGUAAACCACCCUUAUUUGUUAUUCCGAUCGUUCACAGUGAAAUCAGGAACGGCAAUGAACAGAAGAAAAAGGCUUGUGCAGUGCAAACAGAUACAUUUUAAUCAAAAGUCCUUUCCGUGUACGAUCGAUUGAGAAACCAUCACACAGACACGUGCGAGCUGGACGAAUUUACAACGAUUUUCCACCUCAAUUCCCAGCUUGUAGGAAAGAAGAACGAGUGAGCGAGGCAGAGAGGAGAGAGAGUUAACGCUGGAGUGCCAGUGCGGUGCCGACCGAGCACAUGACCGGAGGCCCGGAUGCCUCCCUUCUGGUGGAUCCGUUGCUGGCCGGCACGAUGUCCGCGGUGAGCAACCUGAGCACCCUUUCGGCAGCCGGAAGCGGCAACCAUCAUCUGCAUCUUUCCGACCAUGGGCACUCGCACCAUGAUCACCAGCACGCUUCCGGUGGGGCACGGAAGCGAAAGUUUUCCUUCAAUGAUACGAGCGACAUUGAAGAUGACACCUGUGAUGAUUCGAAAUCCGUCAGAACGGCCGACGAAAGCAAAAAACAAAACCACAGCGAGAUCGAGAAGCGGCGGCGCGACAAAAUGAACACCUACAUUACGGAGCUGUCCGCGAUGAUACCGAUGUGCCAUGCGAUGUCCCGCAAGCUGGACAAACUCACCGUCCUCCGGAUGGCGGUGCAGCAUCUGAAAACGAUCCGCGGUGCGGUACAUUCGUACACCGAGGGCCACUACAAGCCGGCCUUUCUGUCCGAUCAGGAGCUGAAGAUGCUGAUACUGCAAGCGGCCGAGGGUUUCCUGUUUGUGGUCGGUUGUGACCGUGGUCGGAUACUGUACGUUUCCGAGUCCGUAUCGCACAUACUGAACUAUUCCCAGGGUGAUCUUCUAGGACAGAGUUGGUUCGACAUACUUCACCCCAAGGAUGUGGCGAAGGUGAAGGAGCAACUAUCAUCAUCCGAUUUGAGUCCCCGGGAACGUUUGAUCGAUGCUAAAACUAUGCUUCCAGUCAAGACGGAUGUUCCACAAGGGGUGACACGGCUCUGUCCCGGUGCCCGUCGUUCCUUUUUCUGUCGCAUGAAGUGCAAAGCGAACGUGCAGGUAAAGGAGGAAGCGGAUCAACCGAACAGUGUGUCCAGCGUGAACAAUGUGUGCCAUCGGCGCAAAAAGCAAGUAAAUUCCGAUAAGAAAUAUUCCGUGAUACAGUGCACCGGUUACCUGAAAUCGUGGGCCCCGGCCAAGAUAGGGCUGGAGGAGAACGAAACGGACGGCGAGGGCGAUUCGUGCAAUCUGUCCUGUCUGGUGGCGGUCGGCCGAGUACAACCAAACCUCAACCAGAGCUGCAAUAUGACGGCGAACGGUCUUCACACACCGAGCGGCACCAAUGGUCGGUCGAGAGGUGGCAACAACACCAACUCCGUGUCGGGUGCGGGCACGAGCGGUGGUACUACCGGGUCGUCCAGCAAUGGUAAUCCAGCGGCCACACCGAGCAACGGUAGCGGGAAGUCCUUAAAUCGCAACAGCAACAACAUACCCAACCUGCGCAACGUCCAGUUCAUCUCACGCCACGCGAUGGACGGCAAGUUCCUGUUUGUCGAUCAGCGGGCAACACUCGUGCUGGGUUUCCUGCCGCAGGAGCUGCUCGGUACGAGCAUGUACGAGUACUACCAUCACGAGGAUAUUCCGGCACUGGCCGAAUCGCAUAAGGCUGCCCUCCAGGGCACGCAGUGCGUUACCACCUCCGUGUACCGGUUACGCACGAAGGAGACCGGCUUUGUGCGGCUUCAAAGCGAGUGGAAAUCGUUCCGCAACCCGUGGACGAAGGACAUCGAGUAUCUGAUAGCGAAGAACAACGUUAUCCUGUCGGAGCUCGGUGACACGGGUGCGGCCCGUGCUGGUGGGUAUGGUAUGGGCGAGCUGGGUGAUGGUACCGGUGAACCCGGUUCCGGGGCUUCCGGCCAACCGGGCGUAGGAUACGAGUUCUUUAAUCACACGAAUGGACGUGAAAUACAGCGCAUGAUCAAUUCGCACGUGGAGGCAAGCAAAAUUGGCCGCCAGAUAGCGGAACAGGUGUUGGAUCAUCAGCGACGGGUUGGAGAUUCCUCCUCGGAAAGUAGUCCAAACCCCAAUGAAUCGGCAAUGCAGCCCGCCUUCAGCUCAGCACUGUCCGAGGCGAACCAUUCGAACGAUGCAAUCACGUCCGGUGAGCACAGCAUGGUCACCUCGACCGGUGUGUCACCGUCCUCGAUUGCCGUCGUACCUUCGACAGUUACCACGCGCAUCAAUGGCACUCUGCCCGGUUACAGCCAUGUGCAGACAAACGCCAUCAUCAGUCCGGAGCAUGAUGUAUCGCAAACGCAAGCCAGCAGCACGGAUGGCAAUGACGAGGCAGCGAUGGCGGUGAUUAUGAGCCUGCUGGAGGCGGAUGCCGGUCUCGGUGGUCCGGUAGAUUUUUCCGGCCUGCCCUGGCCACUGCCGUGAGCGGAAGAAGCUCCAGUACUACAGUACACAUUUCAUCAAGGCUAUGAUCGUGAUCAACCGAACGUACCGUGCGUGCGUUUGUGGAAACGAAAGUUACCAAAAUUAAACAAAAAAAAAAACAAGGCAAACUCCAAAACCCUUCCGUUUCUGCGCCGCCGGGCGUGGAAGCGUCCAUGUACAAAACCAUUUGCAAACGCAUUUAAAUGCAUUAACCAGAGAGAUAGAAUAAACAAUCGAGCUGCUGAAUGGGAAAUAUACCGCAAACAAAGCUAGUUAAGAAGCUGAUUGCAAAGAAUAGUAGUUUAGCAUUAAAGUGGAAACUGAAUUCCUAAGGUGCACUGUGAUGGGCGUUACAAUGAGGUUAUGAAUAUACGUAAUAGUGAAAAAGGAAACAAUAAUGUACAAAGUAACACAAAAGCGUUUAAUAUUUGUUUCAUUUUGUUCGAAUAGUUUUAUUACCUUUAAUGUGUGUACGAAGUUGCUUGUAUGUAUAUAAAAUGUGUAUAAAACCUUGCUUUUAUUGGUUUAAAGUUUACAUCUCGCAAAUUCCACCU